GAGAUCAACAAGGAGUAGAGCAAACCCUAACAUAUACAUAUAUAGAUAUAUCCCAUCAACUCAUCUAUAUAUAUAAUUCCCUAUAUUGUGUGUGUGUGUAUAAUUAAUACACCAUGGAAGAAGGUCUCAAAGAGCCCAUCCAAAAAGGAACCAACAACAACAACAACAACAACAACAACUCUAACAAGGUGAGCAUUGGAGAUCAGGCCUUUAAGAGUGUUGGGGACCUGAUAAAGCUGCUCCCCAGUGGAACAGUGUUUGUGUUCCAAUUCCUCAGCCCACUCCUGACCAACACAGGCCACUGCAACACCCUGAACAAGGUGCUGAGCUCCCUCCUCCUCCUCGGCUGCGGCUUCUCCUGCAGCUUCGCCUCCUUCACGGACAGCUACGUCGGCCGCGACGGCAGGCUGUACUACGGCAUCGUGACCCGCAGCGGCCUCUGGUCCUUCUCCGACCCGAACGCGCGCUCGCUCGACCUGUCCAAGUACCGGCUCAGGGCCGGGGACUUCGUGCACGCGCUGCUGGCGCUCGUCGUGUUCGCGGCGAUCGCGCUGCUGGACGCCGACACGGUCGCGUGCUUCUACCCCGCGCUCGAGAAGGAGGAGAGCGCCAUGGUCGGGGUGCUGCCCGCGGUCGUCGGCGGCCUCGCGAGCUUCGUCUUCAUGGUGUUCCCCAACAACAGGCAUGGGAUAGGGUACCCACCAACGCAACCAACAGAGAACUUCUCAAGCUCAUAAAUAAUUAUUAAGGACUUGGUUGUCAUAUCUAUAAGUGUGAUGGUUUGAUUUGUAAAUGUGUGUGCGCCUCUACGUGUGUGUGAGGGAAAUCUUUAAAAUCUAUUUUAAAGAUUAUUAGAAAGCAAACUUAUUUUUAUUUAAAAUUACUUCGUUCCAAAUGUCGCAGUUGAAACUGUAAUAAAUUUUGGUCUAGUUUCCACUGUUGUAGUUAA